AUGAGACGACACCAGUGCAAGGUGGACCGAUUGCUCAAGGGAAGAACAUUGCUUUGCCGAGAUCCCCUCAAUCUUCAUAAAAAAACCUGGUUCAAGUACCCGUUACUGCUGUGCGUCACACUAUUGUUCUGUUACAUUCAGAAGGAAAAGUCUCUUCUCCAUCAGCACUACCAGCGGCUGGUAAAUGAGCCCGACCAGGUUAAAGCUCCUUCGUACCGGGUCCAUCCAAAUCAGCGAGACAAACUGGAUUCCAAGAUUCCCAGGACCACCUUUGUCACCUUGACUGCGGGCACUCAGUACCAUCAGGCGUACCCAAAGAACUAUCACUUCAUCAUCGAUGUGGGCGACGUGUGCGAGAGCAGCACGCCUUUCCUGGUGCUGAUGGUCCCGGUGGCGCCCAACAACGUUGCGGCCCGAAACGCCAUCCGCAGCACGUGGGGAAAGAAGAAAGUGGUCCAGGGCAAGAAGGUCCUGACUCUUUUCAUGCUGGGCCUAGCCGAGGGUCCCGAUCUGUGGCAGGAGAGCGAGCUGCACGGCGAUCUGAUCCAGAGUGACUUCAGGGACACCUACCUCAACCUGACCAUCAAGACCACGGUCAUCAUGGAGUGGCUAGCCACGCGCUGCCCUACGGCCACCUACGGCAUGAAAAUCGACUCAGACGUGUUUCUCAACGUCGACAACUUAGUGCUGAUGCUGCAAAAGCCGAGCAUCCCGCAAAACAACUACUUGACCGGGCGGCUCAUGCGGAAUCAACAGGUCAUUCGCUCAAAGAGCUCCAAGUGGUACGUCUCAGAGGAGAUGUACCCAGAUCUGGAAUACCCCCUUUACACUUUGGGCAUGGGCUACGUGUUCUCCGGUGAUCUCCCGUGCAAGUUGGUGGAGAUCUCCAGAAGUAUCAAGCCCUUCCACAUUGAGGACGCUUAUGUCGGAAUGUGCAUGAAGAAACUGGGAAUAGCCAUCACUUCGCCGCCUGAUCCCUCCCAAUUCCGAACCCAAAGCACCAAAUUUGAUCGAUGCACGUACUCCAAGAUCAUCACCUCCAUCCUGGCAUCCCCUGAGCAGCUGCUAAGUUUCUGGAUGAACCUCAAGCUGAUGCCUGGACUCCCUUGUUGAAAUAAUUGGGCUGUGAAAAAGAA